AAGAAGCAGUGUGUGCGUGCGAGCGUUAUUGAAGUGCGUGAACUUGUUGCACAGCUCUUGCUUGGUACCAAACUUGAGUGUUUUUUAUUUGAUGUUUGAACUGUGUUGGGAUCCUAACCAAGUUAAGAUAUUUUUGGAGAAACCAAGUUUGAGUGAGCUUCGGCAGCUUUCUCACUGAACAUUCAAAACUACAAACUAUUCAAACUACCGUACUGCUGCUCCAACACGGAUGGCGCAUGAUGGAAUUUUCCAUCAAUUGGUGCUUCACCAGUAGGGGGCGCUCUUCCUCCUCAUGCCACACAUUUCAACAUAGAUAUUUCAUCUAACUGCUGCCGUCUAUUCUGACUCCAUGUGGCGGCAAAUGAUAAUGAAAGUCGACGUUUGAUCACCGUGUGUCCUCAACACCAGAACCUUUCGGGCUGGCCCACUGAAGAUGGGAGUUGUUUUAUUUGCAUGAAGUACCUGCAAAUUACCUUUAGUGCCAUCAGGUAGAGAAGAGCGAUGUACUAACACGUGUCCAUAUGUAGUGAAGCGCCCAAAGAGCAUUGUGUCACCAACAUGGAGGCCACAGGAAAGUACGACUUCACGGCGUCCAUGUCGGGCGAGCUGAGCUUCAAGAAGGACGAUGUCGUGAAGAUCUUAAGCACACACGGCGACUGGUUGAAGGCCGAGAUGGACGCACACGAAGGCUUCGUGCCAAAAAACUACAUCGACAUCCAGACCCCCAGUUGGUUCCAGGAGAACGCCACUCGCAGUUCAGCAGAACAACUCCUGAGCACCAAAGACGUUGGCCACUUUGUAAUUCGAGGAUGCCAAAGUUCACCUGGAAACUUCUCCAUCUCUGUCAAACACGAGAGCGACGUGCAGCACUUUAAAGUGAUCCGGGACCACCGAGGCCACUACUUCCUGUGGUCCGAGAAGUUCACCUCGCUCAACAAGCUGGUGGACUUCUACAAGACCAUGUCCAUCUCCAAGACCACCCAGAUCUACCUCAUCGACACGUGGAGCCCCCCCACCGCACGCUCGAUGAAGAGAGGAAGUUUACCUGAGCAGCCAAGCUCAGCCCCGAUGAUGGCCACCACCCCACGCAGAUCCUUGGAUCAGCCUCACAACCAUGUGGCCCAGAUGCUGGUUCUGGAAGAGCGGGCUCAUUGUGUGUUCCAGACAGGAAGAAGCAGUCCCGUCAGUGCUGAGAGGACACAUCCAGCCCAGGUGAAGGCCAUGUACGACUUCACCGCCGAGGAAGACGACGAGUUGGGUUUCUGCGCUGGUGACAUCAUCGAGGUGCUGGACAACUCUGACUCGUCGUGGUGGAGAGGACAGCUGAGGGACAAGAGCGGCUUGUUUCCUGCCAACUACACCAAACAGCUCGGCACAGGCCACGCCCCCAAAGCAAUGCUGUCACUGACUUCACAAUAAGUGCUGUGCUUUGCCAUCUCGUGUCCUUUUCAUGUCCUUUUCACGUAAUUUUCUUGUCCUUUUCACGUAGUAGUUGUCCGAGCAGAUCAAUCCAAGUGAUGAGCCAACAACAAGUGUUUUUAUACUAAUCUUGAAAUGUACUUUUUCAGUGUUUGGAGAUGUUUACUACAAUAAAAGGGAAAGUUUUAUUAGCUUCCUUUAUGUAGCAAGUUCAUUCUAAGACAGCAUGCUAGCAGGCUGGUGUUCCAACACAUGCAAAUGAAAUGGGAGCUUUUAUUUUGAAGAAGGCGUGAGGCUGUCCCACUUCUUGCAAGGGGGAAGCGGUUUGACUGUGGCUCCUCCUCCUUGCCUGCACUGCUUGUGCACGUGUGUGUGCACGCCCCACAUCUGCACUGCGUGCGCAAGACACCUUCCUCUUCAUCACUUCAUCUUGUCUUACAGUCGUGUUACAGUCAUGUCUUACAUAGUCAUAUUGUUUUACAGUCAUGUUGUCUUACAUUGUCAUGUUGUGUUACAUACAGCCAUGUCUUAGUCAUGUUGUCUUACAGUAAUGUCUUUCAUAAAGUCAUGUUGUCUUACAUACAGCCAUGCUGUCUUAUACACAGUCAUGUCUUACAGUCAUGUUGUCUUACAUAUAGUCAUGUCUUACAUACAGUCAUGCUGUCUUAUAUACAGUCAUGUCUUACAGUCAAGUCUUACAUCCAGUCGUGUUGUGUUACAUAGUGUCGGGUUGUCUUACAUACAGUCCUAUUGUCUUAUAUACGGCCAUGCCGUGUUAGUCAUGUUGUUAUAGUCAUGUUGUCUUAUAUACAGUCGUGUUACAUACAGGCAUGUUGUCUUCCAGUCAUGUUGUCUUACAUACAGUCAUGUUGUCUUCCAUAGCCAUGUUGUCUUAUAUACAGUCGUGUUACAUACAGUCAUGUUGUCUUAUAUAUAGUCAUGUUGUCUAACAGUAAAGUCUUACAUACGGUCAUGUUGUCUUACAUACAGUCAUGUUGUCUUAUAUACAGUCAUGUCUUACAUCCAGUCAUGUUGUCUUACAUAGAGUCAUGUUGUGUUACAUAGAGUCAGGUUGUCUUACAUACAGUCCUAAUGUCUUAUAUACAGUCAUGCUGUGUUACAGUCAUGUUGUCUUACAUACAGUUGUGUUACAUACAGUCAUGUUGUCUUAUAUAUAGUCAUGUUGUCUAACAGUAAAGUCUUACAUACGGUCAUGUUGUCUUACAUACAGUCAUGUUGUCUUAUAUACAGUCAUGUCUUACAUCCAGUCAUGUUGUCUUACAUAGAGUCAUGUUGUGUUACAUAGAGUCGGGUUGUCUUACAUACAGUCCUAUUGUCUUAUAUAGAGUCAUGCUGUGUUACAGUCAUGUUGUCUUACAUACAGUCGUGUUACAUACAGUCAUGUUGUCUUAUAUAAAGUCAUGUUGUCUAACAGUAAUAUCUUACAUACGGUCAUGUUGUCUUACAUACAGUCAUGUUGUCUUAUAUACAGUCAUGUCUUACAUCCAGUCAUGUUGUCUUACAUAGAGUCAUGUUGUGUUACAUAGAGUCGGGUUGUCUUACAUUUAGUCCUAUUGUCUUAUAUACAGUCAUGCUGUGUUACAGUCAUGUUGUCUUACAUACAGUCGUGUUACAUACAGUCAUGUUGUCUUAUAUAUAGUCAUGUUGUCUAACAGUAAUGUCUUACAUAUGGUCAUGUUGUCUUACAUACAGUCAUGUUGUCUUAUAUACAGUCAUGUCUUACAUCCAGUCAUGUUGUCUUACAUAGAGUCAUGUUGUGUUACAUAGAGUCGGGUUGUCUUACAUAUAGUCCUAUUGUCUUAUAUACAGUCAUGCUGUGUUACAGUCAUGUUGUCUUACAUACAGUCGUGUUACAUACAGUCAUGUUGUCUUAUAUAUAGUCAUGUUGUCUAACAGUAAUGUCUUACAUAUGGUCAUGUUGUCUUACAUACAGUCAUGUUGUCUUAUAUACAGUCAUGUCUUACAUCCAGUCAUGUUGUCUUACAUAGAGUCAUGUUGUGUUACAUAGAGUCGGGUUGUCUUACAUAUAGUCCUAUUGUCUUAUAUACAGUCAUGCUGUGUUACAGUCAUGUUGUCUUACAUACAGUCGU